UUCCGGUUGAUCCAUGCAGACGAAGUCAUGUUGCCGAUAGUAAAAUUGGCCACUUUACUCAUCAAACAGUUUACAAGACCUGUUGUAAAUAGCCUCAGUGAAUCGGCAAAAAAUUACCCUAAAUUCCGUUCAAUUAUCGUACGCUUAGCACAAAAGUAUCAUUUAAGUGAUUUUACCUCACAAAGUAAACUAUUUGGUUUUGGUAAACCAAUACGAGUGAAACCAUUGUCUGAAGAUGAAGCUAUAAAUUUAGGUACUAGACUACUUGGAGAAACAUUAGUCUAUGGAGUCUCUGCAGGAAUUCUGUUUUUUGAAUACAACAGGUCAUCUAAAAAUGACCAGAUCAAGGAAGAAAAUAGGAAGUUUGAAAUAACUACACUUCAAAGAAAAAUACAUGAUUAUGGAAUGACAACAGAACAGCAGGAAACUGAAAUUAAAGAACUUAAAAGAAAAAUGUUUGAUUUAGAGGAAAAAAAUAGGAGUUUAGCAAGCAAAUUAUUUUCGUCUCUGAAAUCAAGUUAAUAUAUGAUGUAAAAUACUGCUUUUAUACGAAGAUAAUACUAAAUGUGUCUACAAUUUUUUAUAGUAUGAGUGUCUAUACAAAAUGGAAUAAAAUAUCAACAUCACAUUUCUAAAUAAGUUAUGGAAUCUCUGUAUGCAUUUCAUUAUUUGAAUAUAUAGCAAAAUAUAAUAUGGUUACGGAAGAAGAGAGAGAAGUUUUGAAAUAGCACCGCUUCAAAGACAAAUUUUAUGCAAGAAUAUGGAACUAUAACAGAACGGCAAGAAACAGAAAUUAAAGAAAUGAGAAUAAAACUAUUUGAUUAAGAUGAAAGUAAUCUGAGUUUAGAAAGUACAAUGUCAAUGUGUGAUACAAUAAAACUUAAUGAUGUAGUAGUUGGGGGUCUUUAUUAAUUGAUAAUAAUUAUUGAAUAAAAUAUUUGAAAAUUAGCAUCACAUGACUGUGAGAAUUGAUACUUAGAAAAUAUAUUUUUUGUAAUCAGAUCACAUUUUUGUUGAAUUCAGAUGGUAUUUUUGUAUAAGGGGAAUGAGUGAUGUAAAUUUGACAUUUGUUUUAUGAGACUAGAAAGUUAUAUUGAUGGCUGCAAUUUUGGGAGAAUAUAACAUUUUGUUAAUCAGAAUCUAUAACAUACACAUUCAAUAUAAUUAAAAUUAAAUUUCCUCACUCACUCAUUUUUUAUGCUUGCUCGCUGCGAGUGAGAAGAUUUAAUUUUAAUUAGAUUGUACUCAUAUUAUAAAAGACUUAGACAUAAAGAAGUAUUUUUAACAGAGGGUUUUAAGAGUACAUGUCAUAUAAAAGUGCUUUUUAUGUGAUUAAAAAAAAAUAUAUGUCUAGAAAUGCUUGUUGAACAAAAUUAUGCAAGUCCUUGGUAGUUUAUACAGCUCUUCAUACAUGUUAUAUAUGUGUUUCAUCAUGUUCAUGCUAAUAUAACUUUUCAUCAUUCCUGGUAGCACAUUUUUGUUAGAUACAUCCAAUUUUUUUUAUUUAAUUCAUGGCUUUUAAACUGUUUGAUUACUUUAAUGUCACUUUUUAAUGUAUGUAUGUAUGUAUUGAAAUCUUUCUGCAUUUUCUGUCAAAUUGUUAGUCUGACAUAAAGUAUUAAGCUUUGAACCUCAAUAUUUUUUUCUUCAUCAAGAGAUAAUUCGAAUUGUAUGAAAUGUGGAGUAUUAAUUUGUAUGAAAUGUAGAGUCUGAAAUUGUAUGAAAUGUUGAGUUUGAACUUGUAUAAAGUCCUGGUGACUUCUUUUUAUACUUAUGAAGGAGCAUCAAUGAGUUAUCAGUCACUAAUCACCUUCUAUCUAGUAUUGGAAGGGGAGAUAACUCUGAGCUCAUAUUCUUUAAUAAGUGAUACUGAAAUAUUUAUACAAAUGCAUUGAUCAUAUAUCUUGAUGUCAUGUAUGUGGGGUUAAAACUUUUGUAUUAUCACUUGUUAUGAUUGCUAUUUACUAAGUUUAAUAUGUAAUUUUUAGAACUGAUAUUGAAACAAAUAUUUAGUCUUUAUUACCUAUUUACCAUCUUUUUUACAUAAUCAUCACUGUGAAUCCACUUACACUGACUGACAGUGUAAUGCAGAUUGUAAUCAGUGUCCUGCAAUUGCAAACAAUAAUUACAGCAAGUGACAUUAAGAUGUACCUGAAAAACUUGAAAAAAUAUGCCAUAUUUGUUCUGUAAUUAAAGUGCUAUAAGCCUAUAACUGCAGAUUUUUUUUUGUAACUUGUUCUAUCUUUAAUAUUAUCAUCACACAAAUAUGUAGGCACAAUUUGUUUGAAAAAAAAUCAUCUUCAAAGAUUUAAAGGGGCCACUUGUGAAAAAUUUGGUACAGUAUUGCAAAUAGAAAUUGUACAUUAACCAAUUGAAAUAGAAACAUUAGACGUAAAGAGUCCAUGAACACCCUUGUCACUUCUUUUGAAUCUGUGUUUCUUUCAAUUAAGUUUGCAUUUCUGGAACAGCAAGGAGGUGUCAGACCACCAAUUACUCCCUCUAAUUUAGAACGUAUGUAAAAGUAGGCCUACUCGGACAAAAAAUGUGCAUUUUAUAUCAUUGUUUAUUUAAACUAACCAACAAAUCUGCAGAACUGAAACUUUUGGUAAAAGAGAAAUAUAUUUAGACCAUUUUGAGCCAAAAUUCACUUGUCUAUGACUUUGCAUGAACAAUGCAGGAUUAAUGCACUACAUAGUACACUUAUUUAAGAUUUCCAAAAAACAGGAAGUUAUUUUGGUAGUACCUGUGUUUUCAAGAUCAGAAAUUUCUUAUAAGACUUAAACAUUGGUUGAAAAUUGGCAUGUAGCAAGGUGAUACAUGUACAAUUCAGGAUAUAUCUGGUUUCCAUGAAGUUAAACUUAAGCUAAAAUAUUUAGAAAGCUGUGAAAAUUGCAAAAUUUGGUUGAACAGAUCUUUAAGUGGUGGUCUUACACCUAAGGAAUACAUUUUAUCAUCAAAAUACUGUACCAAUCUCAAUAAUGUGUCCACACUCACAUUUGAUGUGCAUUCAUUUAUACAACUUUCCAAUAUUGAUAUACAAUCAUGAUUCAUAUUCAUAAUCUUUAUUCAGGGUACACAAUUAUUGUUUUAUAAGAAACAUUACAAUUCUUAUUGAACUUUUACAUAUUAAGCUAUUUCAAACGUAAAUGGGCAUUUUAUAUGUUUCUAAUUUGUUUGUUUUUGUAAAUUAUGUUUUGGAUGAAUCUGUUCACUGUAUGCAACAAUUUAUGUCGUGUGCACAAUAUGUAAUAUUUUAAAAACUGAUUUUUGGAAAAUGUAAGUAAAUUAGUCUCAUUGUGUACCCAACAUUCACUGCUAUUACAAGGGGUAAUUGAUAAUUAACACAUAAUAAUAAAACUUAAUCAAAGUUGAAGCCUGUAGAAAUAUAUAAAAUAUAUGUUAAAGGUUAAGAUGCUUCAGAUAUCAACCUUUUCAAGCUUUCCAAUAACAAAAGUCUGUUUUGUACCAGCUGUGUUUUUAUAAUAAGAACCUUCUGAAAUGUUUUGUGUGCUUUGU